AUGAAUUCUAGCCACGUGGCACUCGUCUCCCACCUCCUCCUCAGAUCUCAUGGCUUCGAUAACUACCGCUGUAAUCGCAACUUCUCCGUGGGCAUGAACAUCGAUCAAGAUAGGAUAGCUGAUCUUGAGAUGAAUUUGAUUGACAUCGAUAGCGAGCAUCUUGGGAUACCAGAGGCAGAAUACCAAGCCAUUGUUAGGAUGCCGUCUUUUGAUUUUGCUAAGUUUGUAAGCACCUCCGCAGAAUGGAUGAUACUGAAAUUAAAAAGUACCAAUUUUGAGUCAUUGACUGAUGGGCUUUCUUGCAGUUGGGAUAUCUGUGGCAAAGGAAGGAAAAAUACCAGUGUAGACAAGGUUACCUUUUUGUUUAGUGUAUUUAUGCCAGAAGCAGCUGUCGUUAUAGAAAUGGAGGAGCCAGUUUCAUUGACCUUUGCUCUGAGGUAUCUGAACUCAUUCACUAAGGCAACUCCAUUGGCAGAACAAGUUAUAAUCACCAUGUCUCCGGAUUUUCCAGUGUUCUUCUCCGAAGUACCCUUUUUACUGAAAAACAACUGCCCUUUCAAAGGCUAUGUCCUUAGGUUACUCGAUGGUUCACAUCGACUGAUCCACUUGCUGCGCAGAUUUGGUCCAUUCAAAUUGAUGGAGCUGAAUAUGAAGGGAUAUGGAACACAGAAGUCAGUAUCAUUUGAAGAUGAAUGA